CUCUCUCUCUCUCUCUCUCUCUCUCUCUCUCUCUCGCUCUUUCUCUCUUCAUUUUCAUUCAGAGAUUGCUUGAAAGAAGCAAGUAUUGAUCAGGUUUCGUCCCCUCAAAGUUCAGAUCUCCAAGGGAAAUUCAGCAGAGGAUCCUCACCGUUGAAAUCAAGAUUGGGCGGUUCCUUUGGCUUCUGGCAUCAUUUAAGUCUCGACCAAAAGUGAUUUCGCCAAAGUAUCGCUGAUUAGAAAAAAGUUACUGGAUUUCCCCAUCUUUCAGCGUCGUCAAGCUCUCCUUUAAAGAUCAAUCAGGAAACAUGUAUGGAGCUGCUCAGACCUCACCUAUAGGCUUGAAGCUGAACCUGUGCAACAACACCAAAGGCUCAAGCUUAUCACAGAUCAAGGAAGACGAUCGAAACAGAGGACCACUAAUGGAUUUUGGGGCAGGCACCAAUCCCUUGCAAAACACCGCAUCCAGUCUUAUGCGCUAUAAGUCAGCACCUGGUUCACUAUUUGCUAGCCUGGUUCAAGACUGUGACGAUGAUUUCUUGCCUCGAUCUUCAAGCCCCGAGUCAGAGAAUGUACUUGCAAGGCUUCUCUCUUGUGAUUCUUCUUGUCUCACGUCUGAGUCGAGAGAUUUACAGUCUCAUGCUUCUCCUGAUGUUCUUGAAAUGGAAACAAAACCAGUUUGUAACAGUGGGCAAAGGCUGCAUGGAGAUCGAUUCGUAGCUGAAAAUGAACCAGAGGUGGCUCAACAGAGGAGUGGGGGUUUUGGGGCUUCACCGCAUAUGGUUUAUCAGCAUCAAAACCCUAAUGGUUCACUUUUAAGACAAAGUAGCUCGCCUGCUGGUUUUCUAUCUCAUUUGACAGGUGAAAAUGGCUAUUCGACGUUGAGAACCAUGGGCAACAACUUUAGGCCUGGAAAUUGCUCUAAUGGAUUGAAGGGCCAUAUGAGCUUCUCAAGACAACAGGGAAAUCAUGCAGGGAUGUUACCUCAGAUCUCUGAGAUAGUUUCAGAAACUGUUGGACCAAGUAGCUCAGAUGAAGGAAGUUUGGGAAAUGGAAGUCAGGGCCAAUGUUAUAUACCAGGUUUCCCUGUUGGUUCUUGGGAUGAUUCUACUCUUGUUGCUGAGAGCUUAUCUGGGUUUGAAACUGCUGCUGACUUUUCUGCAGUGAGGAAACGAAUUCGAGAUUUGAACGGGAAGUCAACAUCAGAAUCUCAGAAUGGAGAGGGAGGAACUCAUAGGCCAGGUUUGAUGCACCACUUCAGCUUGCCCAAGACUUCGACUGAGAUGGCAGCCAUGGAAAAGCUUCUGCAACUUCAAGACUCUGUUCCUUGUAAGGUUCGAGCAAAACGUGGUUGUGCCACUCACCCAAGGAGCAUUGCAGAAAGGGUGAGGAGAACCAAGAUCAGCGAAAGGAUGAGGAGAUUACAAGAGCUAGUACCCAACAUGGACAAGCAAACGAACACUGCAGACAUGUUGGAUUUGGCAGUGGAGUAUAUAAAAGACCUCCAAAAGCAAGUCCAGAACCUUUCUGAUAGCCGAGCAAACUGCACCUGCUCAGUGAAGCAGCAAAAGCCGUCGUACCCAAUCUGAAAUAAGGGCCAAAAUGGAAAUAAUCGGGCUUUUAGAGGUCAGGUAAGCAAACGUCGGCCUCACCCUUUAUUAGCAUCAUCAAACUGUACAUAAGGUGUUAAGAGAGAGAGAGAGAAUGUAUUAUCUUUCUGUUUUUUGUCCUUGUAAAAUUCUUACCCUCCUGAGAAGAAUUGAAGGGUAAUGAAUGUAGUUGUAUCUUGUAAUAUUUGUGUUUGUUAGGAAAUAGAAAGAAAUUUGUUACCUUCUCAGCUAUAUACCAUGUAUUAUUUAUUAGGAAAUAACAAGGAAUUUGUCAAAUCAUCAUCAA